CAGUCCCGGUGCCCGCGAGCAGGGCCAUGGCCGCGCUGGUGCCCGUGGGUGGCGCCGGCGACAUGCAGGGCUGUUUGGUGCAGCUCCACGGCGCGCUGCGGGACCCGGACCCGAGCAGCGCCGCUCUGCGCGGCUACAACCUGGUGCGCAGCAUCGGGGAGGCCUGCGUCACCCGCAUGGGGGACAGCGCCCAGGCCUUGCAGUCUUCGUUAGUGUUUUCCAAAGACCAAGGAUUACUUGUGUUUAUCCGCAAAUCUCUCAGUAUUGAGGAGUUUCGGGAUUGCAGAGAAGAAGCCUUAAAAUUUCUGUGUACCUUUCUGGAAAAGAUUGGUCAGGGAGUUCAUCCAUAUGCUUGUGAUAUUAAGCAAACUUGUAUAAGUGUUUAUACAAAAGAUAAGAUGGCCAAAUGUAAAAUCCCAGCUCUGGAGCUUCUGAUUAAGUUGCUUCAAAAUGUUCAGUGUUUCAGUCUGGAAGAAUUAAAAGUUGGAGAAAUCUUUAACAAAUUCUAUGGUGAACUUGCUGGAAAAAGUAGGGUGCCUGACACAGUGUUGGAAAAGAUAUAUGAGCUUCUGGGAGUCUUGGGAGAAGUCCAACCUAGUGACAUGCUUGACAAUUCUGAAAAGUUAUUCCGAGCUUACGUGGGAGAGCUCAAAACACAGAUGACAUCAGCUACAAGGGAGCCCAAACUACCAGUAGUAGCAGGGUGUCUGAAAGGACUGACUGCACUGCUAUAUAACUUUACUAAAUCCAUGGAAGAAGAUCCACGCACUUCAAAGGAGAUAUUUGAUUUUGCGGUGAAGGCAAUCAAUCCACAGGUUGACCUAAAGCGAUAUGCAGUACCCCUAGCUGGCUUGCGCAUGUUCAGCCUGCAUGCUGCUCAGUUUGGCACCUGUCUUCUGGAUAACUAUGUCAUGCUGUUUGAAGUGAUGUCCAAAUGUUGUGGCCACACAAAUGUAGAUCUGAAGAAAGCUGGUCAUUCAGCCCUAGAUUCAGUUCUUAAACAGAUUUCUCUGAUGGUGGCUAAAGAUGCAGAAAUGCACAAAAGCAAGCUGAAGUUCUUCAUGGAGCAGUUUUAUAGCAUCAUCAGAAAAAUGGAUUCGAGCAAUAAAGAGCUGUCUAUUGCCAUUCGUGGAUAUGGUCUUUUUGCAGCGCCUUGUAAAGCUAUCAAUUCUAAGGAUGUUGAUAUCAUGUAUGUUGAGCUUCUUCAGCGCUGUAAACAAAUGUACCUCACUGAAGCAGAGACAGCAGAUGACAAUGUGUAUCAGCUACCAAGUUUCCUUCAAUCCAUUGCAAGUGUAAUAUUCCACCUUGAUACACUUCCCGAAGUAUACACUCCAGUUCUUGAACACCUAAUUGUGAUGCAGAUAGAUAGCUUUCCACGGUAUAGUGAAAAAAUGCAACCAGUCUGUUGCAAAUCUAUAGUAAAGGUUUUUCUAGCCCUGGCAGGAAAAGGACCAGUUCUCUGGAAUUUUAUCAGCACUGUGGUGCAUCAGGGUUUAAUCAGAGUCUGCUCCAAGCCAAUCGUGUUUUCAAGGGAAUUUGAUGGGAAAGGAGCUUCUAAAUCAGAAGAGCCCCCAACAGUUGGAGAGGUCAGAACAGGAAAAUGGAAAGUACCGACAUAUAGGGACUAUCUGGAUCUUUUUAGAAGUCUUCUGAACUGUGAUGCAAUGAAGGAGUCUGUUUUUGCAGAUGAAAACUUUCUGACAAUAAAUUCACCCCUGCAGUCUCUGAAUCGUUUAUUGUAUGAUGAACUUAUAAAAUCUAUAUUGAAGAUUAUUGAAAAAUUGGACCUGACAGUUCAGAAACUGACUGUUAGUGAACAGGGUGAAAGUGAGUCUGGUGGUGUUAUGAUCAUACCGUCUUGUGAUCCAGCUUCAAACCUUCAGCCAACCAAGCCUACAGAUUUUAUUGCAUUCAUUAAUCUAGUGGAAUUCUGCAGAGAAAUACUGCCAAAGAAGCAUCUUGACUAUUUUAAGCCAUGGGUGUAUUCCUUUGGUUAUGAGGUUAUUAUACAAUCAACAAGGCUACCUCUUAUUAGUGGAUUCUACAAAUUGCUCUCUGUUGUAAUGAAAAUUGUCAAGAAAACAAAAUAUUUUGAGGAUUUAAGUCCUGGGACUCAGAGAAAAUAUCCUGAAGACCCUGAGAAGAGCUCUUGCUUUGCAUUAUUUGCAAAAUUUGGAAAAGAGGUGGCAGCAAGAAUGAAACAGUACAAAGAUGAGUUGUUAGCAUCUUGUCUGACAUUUGUGCUCUCCUUACCUCAUGACAUCAUUAUGCUGGAUAUCAAAGCUUACAUUCCUGCAUUGCAGAAUGCGUUUAAGUUGGGUCUCAGCUAUACCCCUAUCGCUGAUGUGGCUCUGAAUGCUCUAGAAGACUGGUCCUCUCACAUUCCCAAAAACAUAAUGCAGCCUUACUACAAAGAUGUCUUACCUCUUCUUGAUGGCUAUUUGAAGACUGCUACGUCACCAGAUGAGUUCCAGAAUAAUUGGGAAGUGAAGAAGCUUUCUCGGGCAGUCCAGAAAGGAUUUAACAAAGUUGUGAUACAACGUCUGAGAAAAGCAAAGACCCUUUCACUGAAUGAAGAUCUUUCUUUGGAGGCAGUGAGAACUAGAGUGGUACAGCUUCUUGGUUCUUUGGGAGGUCAGGUCAACCGAAACUUAGUUACAGCUGCUUCUGAAGAAGAAAUGAUGAAGAAAUUUGUGUCCUGGGACAGUGAGAAACUCCUGAACUUCGCUGUGCCUUUUGUAGACAUGAAGCCAGUUAUUUACCUGGAUGUAUUCUUGCCUCGUGUGACUGAACUUGCUCUCUCUGCUAGUGACCGGCAGACUAAAGUUGCAGCAUGUGAACUCUUACAUGGCUUAGUUAUGUUCAUGUUGGGGAAAGCAUCUCAAAUGCCAGAAGGACGUCAAGGUUCCUCACCCAUGUAUCAGCUCUAUAAACGAACAUUUCCUGUAUUGCUUUGUCUUGCCUGUGAUGUAGACCAGGUGACAAGACAGUUGUAUGAACCUUUAGUCAUGCAACUUAUUCACUGGUUCACCAACAACAAAAAGUUUGAAAGUCAAGAUACGGUGGCAUUGUUGGAAGCUAUUUUGGAUGGGAUAGUGGAUCCUGUUGACAGCACUUUACGAGAUUUCUGUGGUCAGUGCAUUCGAGAAUUUCUGAAGUGGUCCAUUAAACAGACAACACCACAGCAGCAAGAGAAAAGUCCAGUGAAUACCAAAUCUCUCUUCAAGCGACUCUACAGCCUUGCUCUUCACCCAAAUGCGUUCAAGAGACUGGGAGCAGCACUUGCUUUUAACAACAUUUAUAGAGAAUUUAGGGAAGAAAAUUCCUUGGUGGAGCAGUUUGCAUUUGAAGCAUUAGUUGUAUUUAUUGAAAGCCUGGCCUUAACCCAUACAGAUGAGAAAUCACUAGGUACAACUCAGCAGUGCUGUGAUGCCAUUGACCACCUGAAGCGCAUAAUUAAGCACAAAGCACCUUCCCUAAACAAGGCAGAAAAACGGCGGUUACCACGAGGAUUUCAACCUGCAGAAUCACUGUGCCUGUUGGACAUUGUCAUGUGGUUGAUGGUGCAGUGUGGACGACCUCAGACCGAGUGCCGACAUAAAUCCAUGGAGCUCUUUUAUGAGUUUGUUCCUCUGUUACCAGGAAAUAAGUCCCCGUCUUCUUGGCUGGGUGAUGUUCUGGAAAAACAGGACAGCUCUUUCCUUAUUAACAAAUUUGAAGGAGGUGGCAAUCGGGAUGACAAUCUGUGUGGGAUCCUUUCCCACCCAACUCUCCGUCACCUGCAGGAGCCCUUUAGUGUGCGGGCUGUUGUGCAGUGGAUGGAUAUGUUUUUAGCCGCUUUGGACUGCUACAAUACGUUCAUUGAGCAGAGAAUGUUCAAACCUGAAAAUGUACUAGGUACAAAUUCUUCGUUCUUGAGAGCUGUGGAGUUCUUCCUUGAAACUAUUGCAUUACAUGAUAUACAUGCAGCGGAACAGUGCUUUUACACUGAGUCAAAAGGCAGCGUGUUCAGUCCACAAGAAAGAGAAGAGUACAAUUACAGCAAAUGUACAAUUGUAGUCCGAAUUAUUAGGUUUGUCAGCAUGAUCCUGGAGACCUGUCAACAAGAUUUCUGGAAGCUGCUUGAGAAGGAAUUGCUUAAUUUGAAUCUGAUAGAACUCUUAGUGGUGACAGUGUGUGAUCCAUCAGCUGUGGGCUUUAACACAGCUGACGUUCAAGUCAUGAAAAAUCUCCCAGAUAAUACAGUGAGACUCGUGAAAGCUUUGGCAAAAUCUCCCUAUAAAGCAUCUUUGGAGCUAAGCAUAAAGAAAAGAAUAACAUCGCACAGCAUUCAGGAACUUUGUUCAGUUGAUCUGUAUGAUCCAGAUGCUUGUUUUGAUCGUGUUAGAAUUAGCUCCAUCCUAUCUGCAUGCAAACAGCUCCACAAGGCUGGAGUGCUUCAUUCUGUGCUGCAGUCUCAGGGUUCAGGACUUCAUUUCACAGUUGGCUGUCAACUUCUGUCAGUUGUUUACAAAGGGAUUGCACCAGGGGAUGAGAGAAAAUGUCUACCAUCAUUGGAUAUCAGCAGCAAGCGACUGGCUGAUGGACUCCUACAGCUGGCCUUUGCUUUUGGUUGCCAGAGUGAAGAACUGGUGAAUCUGAUGUUGAAUACAGUGAUGUUAUCUGUACCAGUCUGUGAAGCAGCACCGAGGAAUCUGCUCAGCUUCUGCCACGGAGAGUAUUUCUACAACUUGUUCUCAGAAACCAUUAAUCACGAACUGCUGAAGAACCUUGAUGUGGCCAUACUUCAUCUUAUGAAAUCAGCUGUGGACAAUCCCAGAAUGGUGGGUACCAUUCUGAAUGGUAUGUUAGAUCAAAGCUUUAAAGAGCGUGCUGUAUGCAAGCAGCAGGGAAUGAAGCUAGUGACUGCAAUCCUCAGGAAUUGGAUGAGACUUGACACCUGGUGGGCCAAAGAUUCUGCUCCUGAGAGUAAAAUGGCUGUGUUGACCCUGCUGGCCAAAGUUCUGCAGGUGGACUCUUCCGUUUCUUUUAAUACAAAACAUGAGGCAUUUUUUGCUGUUUUUAAUACCUAUACUAGCUUGCUUGUUGAUCAGAAUUUGGGUCUAAAUCUAAAGAGUCAAGCAGUGAUUAUCCUGCCAUUCUUCACUAAUCUGACUGGAGAAAGGCUUAAAGAGCUAAAGGAUGCUCUUGACCAACUUGUAGCCUUCAAUUUUCCCAUGAAAUCUGAUGAGUUCCCCAAGGGAACCCUGAGAUAUAACAACUAUGUGGACUGCACUAAAAAGUUUCUAGAUGCUCUGGAAUUAUCUCAGAGUCCUAUGCUGUUACAGCUGAUGACAGAAAUCCUGUGUAGGGAUCAUAGACACUUCAUGGAGGACUUGUUUCAAACCAGCUUCAGAAGAAUUGCCAAAAGGAGUGACUGCAGCAAACAAGUGGUGCUCUUAGACACUGUGUACAACAUGUUCCAGAGUGAAUCCCUUCUUUCAAAUGUCACACGUCAAGCCUUUUUGGAUCGCUCUCUCCUCACACUCCUGUUACACUGCAGCCUGGAUGCACUGAAAGAAUUCUUCAGCAAGAUUGUAGUGGAAGCCAUGGAUACACUCAAGUCCAGAUUUACAAAGUCAAAUGAAACAGUUUUUAAUACACAAGUCAUCAAGAAAAUGGGGUAUUAUAAGAUCCUGGAAGUGCUGUAUUCACGUCUCUCAAAAGAGCAUGUUCACUCGAAGGACUCUCAAAUUAACCAGGCUUACCAGGGCACCACAAAUGUAGAAGGGAAUGAACUUACCAAGAUGCUAAUCAAGUCUUGCUAUGAUGCAUUUACAGAAAAUAUGGCAGGUGAGAGUCACCUUUUGGAAAAGAGGAGAGAGUAUCAUUGUGCUGCUUAUAACUGUGCCAUUGCUGUCAUCAGUUGCGUCUUCACUGAAACUAAAUUCUACCAGGGCUUCCUUUUCACCGAAAAACCAGAAAAGAACUUGCUCAUUUUUGAAAACUUGAUAGAUCUGAAGCACCAGUAUUCUUUUCCUGUAGAAAUUGAGGUGCCAAUGGAAAGGAAGAAAAGGUAUAUUGCCAUUAGGAAGGAAGCCAGGGAUGCAGUAAAUGGUGAUCCAGAUGAGCCUCAGUAUUUGCCUUCUGCAUCCUAUAUGGUAGACAGCAGUCUCAGUGAGGAGAUGAGUCAGUUUGAUUUCUCCACUGGAGUCCAAAGUUUUUCUUAUAACACGCAAGACCCAACAGCUGCUAGUGCUCGUUUCAGGAGAAAGGAAUCCACUGAGUCCAUGGUUCUAGAUGAUGAAAUGGAACUCGAGAUGGAUGAGCUCAAUCAACAUGAAUGUAUGACAGCUAUGACAACCCUGAUUAAACAUAUGCAGAGAAAUCAGAUAACACCCAAAGUAGAUGAGGGGGCAGUUCCAGUAGCCCUUCCUCCAUGGAUGAAGUUCCUGCAUAGCAAAUUGGGGAACCCAUCAGUACCAUUAAACAUUCGCCUCUUCUUAGCAAAACUUAUUGUUAAUACUGAGGAGGUUUUCCGACCUUAUGCAAGGCAUUGGCUUGGUCCCUUGUUGCAACUUGUUGUUUCUCGGGAUAAUGGAGGAGAGAGGAUUCAUUACAUGGUGGUGGAAAUAGUAGUUACUCUGCUUUCUUGGACUAAUGUAGCUUCUCCCAAAGGGAAUGUUAAAGAUGAAAUCCUCGCUAAUCGAUUGCUUGAAUUCUUGAUGAAGAAUGCAUUUCACCAGAAAAGAGCAGUGUUCAGACACAACUUGGAAAUUAUAAAGACAGUUGUGGAGUGCUGGAAAGAUUGUCUCACUGUACCUUACAGGUUAAUAUUUGAACAGUUUUCUGGAGGAGAUCCUGAAACAAAAGACAACUCAGUAGGAAUUCAACUGUUAGGCAUUGUUCUUGCUAAUAACUUGCCUCCCUAUGACCCAAAAUGUGAAAUAGAUAGUACAAGGUAUUUUCAGGCUCUGGUCAAUAACAUGGCUUUAUUAAAAUAUAAGGAAGUCUAUGCAGCUGCAGCAGAAGUGUUGGGACUUACUCUUCGAUACAUUGCUGAGAAGGAAAAUAUAACUGAGGGUCCAAUUUAUGACUGUGUUGUAAAGCAAUUAAAACAGCAUCAAAACACCAAGGAAGACAAGUUUAUUCUCUGCUUGAAUAAAGUAGUGAAGAAUUUUCCUCCUGUGGCUGACAGGUUUAUAAAUGCUGUGUUCUUUCUGUUACCGAAACUUCAUGGUGUGCUGAAAACUUCUUGUUUGGAAGUGGUGAUGUGCCGUGCAGAAGAGAUAACUGAUCUCUACUUACAGUUAAAGAGCAAAGAUUUUUUGCAGGUCAUGAAUCGCAGAGAUGAUGAGAGGCAGAGAGUGUGUUUGGAUAUAAUAUACAAGAUGCUUUCUAAGCUAAAACCACUGGAACUAAGAGAACUUCUGCCUGGAGUAACAGGGUUUAUCUCUCACCCUUCUCCAGUUUGUCGAGAGCGCACGUAUGACAUCAUGAUGUGGAUUUAUGAUAACUACAGGAAUUCAGAAAGUCAAGCUGAUGAGGAUUCUCAGGAAGUGUUUAAAGUGGCAAAAGAAAUGCUGAUACAGGGCCUAACUGAUGAGAUCUCUGAAUUACAAUUAGUUGUUAGAAAUUUUUGGAGUGAUGAAACUAGGUUACCUACAAAUACUCUUGACCGUAUGUUGGCUUUGCUAAAUUCUUUAUAUUCUACCAAGACUGAAACCCAGUACCUGAGCUUAGCCACAAAUUUUCUGCUUGAAAUGACCAGCAAGAGUCCAGAUUAUUCCAGAAAAAUAUUUGAGCAUCCACUUUCUGAAUGUAGAUUUCAGGACUUCAUAAUUGAUUCCAACUGGCGUUAUCGAAGUACUAUUCUCACCCCAAUGUUUGUGGAGACUCAGGCUUCCCAGAGUGCCAGCAGGAAGAGGUCACAGGAAGGGUCCCUGUCAACUCCUGGAUCACUAGGUGCUCAAGUGAGGGCUACUCAGCAGCAAUAUGAAUUUACACCUACGCAGAACAUGAGUGGUAGAAAAUCUUUUAAUUGGCUAACUGGAAGCAGCAUUGACACUUUGACAGAAUAUACAGUUCCCUCAUCCUCUGAAUCCUUAUCUUCAUCCAUGCUGUUUGUUAACAAGCGAAGUGAAAAGUCACAGAGAGGAACCUUGAAACCAGUGGGGCCCAAUUUUGGGAAGAAAAAAUUGGGCUUGCCUGGAGAUGAGGUUGACAGCACUACUAAAGAUAUAAAUGAACGGGCAGAAAUCCUAAGGCUGCAGAGGCGUUUCUUGAAGGACCAAGAGAAACUCAGCGUGAUUUAUGCAAGGAAAGGUGUAGCUGAACAGAAACGAGAAAAGGAGAUUAAAAGUGAGCUGACAAUGAAACGUGAUGCCCAGGUCACUUUGUACAGAAGUUACCGACAAGGAGACCUUCCUGACAUCCAGAUUGAAUACAGCAGCCUCAUCACUCCAUUGCAGGGUGUGGCCCAGAGAGAUCCAACACUAGCCAAGCAGCUCUUCAGCAGUUUGUUUAGUGGAAUUCUAAAAGAAAUGGAAAAUUCUAAAAGUCCUUCUGAAAAAAACCACAUUGUCCAGAAGCUGCUGCAGAACUUCAAUGACUUCCUGAGUAUAAGUGUUUCUUACUUCCCACCAUUCAUAUCCUGCAUCCAGGAAAUGAGUUACCAGCACAAAGAGCUCCUAGACAUUGAUUCAGCCAGUGUGAGCACCAGCUGCUUAGCCAGUUUACAGCAACCAGUGGGCAUCUUGCUUCUAGAACAGGCUCUAAUUCAUCUUUCCCCUAUAGAAGAACCACCAGCCAAAAGGAUGUGUGGAAGAACAGAACUUUCUCCAGAUGUGAUCAGAUGGAUUGAACUUGCUAAGCUGUAUCGAUCUGUUGGAGAUUAUGAUGUUCUUCGUGGUAUUUUCAGUGGGAGGAUUGGAACUAAAGAAAUUACACAGAAAGCACUGUUAGCAGAGGCAAAAAGUGAUUAUGUUGAAGCAGUUAAACAAUAUGAUGAGGCUCUCUCCAAACAAGACUGGUCCGAUGGUGAACCAAGUGAAGCAGAGAGAGAUUUCUGGGAACUUGCAUGUCUUGAAUGCUAUGACCAUCUGACAGAAUGGAAAUCACUGGAAUGCUGUUCCACUUCAAAUAUUGAUAGCAAACAACCUCCAGACCUAAACAAAACAUGGAAUGAUCCAUUCUUUCAGGAAACGUAUCUGCCAUAUAUAAUACGUAGUAAGCUGAAGUUACUGCUUCAUGGGGGCAGUGACCAGUCCCUGCUGACUUUCAUUGAUGAGGCUAUGAAGAUAGAACAACGAAAAGCCCUCAUAGAAAUGCAUUACAGCCAAGAACUGAGUCUUCUUUACAUCCUGCAGGAUGAUUUUGACAGAGCCAGAUAUUACAUCAGCAAUGGCAUGCAAGUCUUCAUGCAGAAUUACUCAAGUAUUGAUGCUUUGUUACACCGAAGUCGACUAACCAAACUGCAGUCUGUCCAAGCUUUGACAGAAAUACAGGACUUCAUUAAUUUUAUGAGAAACCCAAGUAACUUAGCUUCUCAAGCUUCCCUUAAGAGACUUCUCAGAAUUUGGACAAGCAGAUAUCCAGAUGCUAAAAUGGACCCUAUGAACAUCUGGGAUGAUAUCAUUACAAACCGGUGUUUCUUUCUUGACAAAAUUCAGGAGAAACUUCUUAAUGUCCAAGCUGAUGACACUAUGGAGGUGGAUGGAGCAGGAGACUUUGGUGACAAAAUGGAGGUGGAUCAGCAAGAAGACAGCAUUCACUCAAUGAUUAGAAGCUGCAAAUUCAAUAUGAAAAUGAAGAUGAUAGAGAGUGCCCGAAAGCAGAACAUCUUUGCAGUUGCUAAGAAGCUUCUGAAGGAUCUGCAGAGGGAAUCUAGAACCAGAGACAGCUGGCUAGUGAGAUGGAACCACAGCUAUUGCCGUGUCAGCCACAGUUCCUGUCAGAGCCAGAGUAGCCCUCAAAAAAUACUCACAGUGUUGAAAACUGUCUCCUUACUGGAUGGGACUGUGCCUGACCACCUGAGCAAGAGCAUAGAGGUCUUGCGUAAUCAGUAUCUUCUCCUGGGUACCACUUACCGCAUUAUGGCUGUUGCCCUUAGCAAGGAUCCACGGUGUCUUGAGAAACUCGAGGAAGAUAAAGUUAGAAAAGUCUCAAUGCUUUCUGGAGAGAAGCCUGACAGUCCAGAAAAGGUGAUUGCAAGUCUGAACAAGCGGGCUUUCCAGUACUUCAGCGAUGCAGUGAGGAAAGCUGAAGAAGAAAUGCAGUCUCGCACCAUGGAGCAUGUAGACCUGACUGGAGUGAUAGAUGCUUACCUGACUUUGGUUGAUUUCUGUGACAAGCACCUACAUAAAGAGGAAGAAGGCUUAUCUGAUAUUGGUGCAGUGGAUCUGCAGACGUUCCCAGCUAUUGUAGUGGAGAAGAUGAUAAAAGCUUUAAAAUUGAAUUCCAGGGAAGCCAGGCUAAAAUUUCCCAGGCUGCUGCAAAUAAUAGAGAGGUAUCCGGCAGAGACCCUAAGUCUAAUGGCACGAGAGGUUAGUUGCUUCUGUUUCAAGAGCACAAAAUUGUAUUGUAAAUAUACUGACGCUAGUACAUACAGAGUGGAAGACAGUACUGAACUGAAGAUAGACCAGAAAGGUGUCAGGGAGACAAAUGCGCUUGGUUUCCUCCAGAAACUAAGAAUAUACUUGUGGAAAAUGAGAAAGUUAUACUGUGCAAACAACAUAGUAUGUACUGUGCUUAGUUACAGGGAAAGCAUAGAAAAACUGAUAGCUGAAACUACUACAGAUCUGUUAUAUGUAGUUUCAGAUGUAACAGAUCUUUUCAUUUAUUUCUAUCUGUCCAUGAGUUGUGUAGAAUACUGUUUGUCCAAACCUUGUGUAGGAGAGGAUCUGGACCACUUGACUGAGAAUAUGCUGAUGGCAGUUUUUUUGUGGGACUGUUCUGUUGAUUUUCUUUGCAGGAUAAAAAGUAAAUUGGACAGAGGAGGAGUGAUUCAAGAUUUUGUUCAGGCUCUGGAACAGCUUUCAAACCCUGAGAUGCUCUUCAAGGAUUGGGUUGAUGCUGUGAGAAAUGAGUUGGGAAAAGCUCAGAAAAAUAAGGCCAAGCUUAAAGAAAUGUAUGAAGUAAUGUAUGGGAACCUAGGAAACUUGCAGGCUUCAGGUCUUGGAUUGUUCAGAAGGAGAUUUAUUCAGGCUUAUGGGAAGGAGUUUGACACUCAGUUUGGGAAAGGAGGUUCAAAACUGUUAGAUAUGAAGGACAAUGAAUUCUACAAGAUUGUAAAUGCUCUUCUUGCAAAAAUGAGAGAUGGCCAGAAAGAACCUGGAAAUCUGAAAGAAUAUUCACCUUGGUUGAGCGAGUUUAAAGCUGAAUUCCGGAGGAAUGAACUGGAGAUCCCUGGUCAGUAUGAUGGUAAAGGGAAACCAUUGCCAGAAUACCAUGCAAAAAUAUCAGGAUUUGAUGAACGAAUCAAAGUAAUGGAGUCCCUGAGGAAACCAAAGCGUAUAAUCAUCCGAGGCAGUGAUGAACGGGAGUAUCCCUUCCUUGUCAAAGGUGGUGAAGAUCUCCGUCAGGACCAGCGCAUAGAGCAGCUCUUUGAUGUUAUGAAUAUUAUCCUUUCCCAAGAUGCUUCCUGUAGCCAAAGGAAUAUGCAGAUAAAAACCUACCAAGUCAUACCCAUGACAACCAGGUUAGGACUGAUUGAAUGGCUACCAAAUACCUGGACCUUAAAGAACUUCCUUCAAAAUAACAUGUCAGAAGAAGAAAAAGCUGAAUAUUGCAGUGAGAAAGGACCUUUGUUUGCCUAUAACGAAUGGCUGUCUAAGAUGGCUGGUGGGAAGAUGGAAGAUAUUGCACGUUAUAUGCCUAUGUACAAAAGAGCCAGUCGUACGGAAACAGUCAUGUCUUUCAGAAACAGAGAAAACUGUGUUCCAGAAGACCUGUUAAGGAGAGCCUUUGUUAAAAUGAGUACAGCUCCUGAGGCCUUUCUGUCUCUGCGCUCCCAUUUUACCAGUUCUCAUGCACUGAUUUGCAUCAGCCACUGGAUUCUUGGCAUUGGAGAUAGACAUCUGUCCAACUUUAUGAUUAAUACAGAGACAGGUGGCAUCAUCGGAAUAGACUUUGGAUGUGCAUUUGGUUCUGCCACACAGAUGCUGCCAGUGCCAGAGUUGAUGCCUUUUCGUUUAACACGCCAGUUCAUUAAUCUUAUGUUGCCAAUGAAAGAAUCGGGCCUCAUCUACAGCAUAAUGACACAUGCCUUAAGAGCGUAUCGCAAAGAUCCAGACCUCCUCAUCAACACUAUGGAUGUCUUUGUAAAAGAACCUUCCUUAGACUGGAAGAAUUUUGAACUGAGACUGCUGAAGAAAGGAGGCACGUGGCUAAAGGAAGUAAACACAUCUGAAGUAAACUGGUAUCCUUUGCAAAAAGUCAAUUGUGUCAAAAGAAAGUUAGCUGGUUCCAAUCCAGCAGCAAUUACCUGUGAAGAGCUGCGACUGGGCCACGAAAAGUCACUUGCAUACCGUGAUUAUGUAGCUGUGGCUCGGGGUAGCAGAGAUCAGAACAUCCGAGCCAAAGAACCAGAGGACGGGCUUACAGAAGAGACGCAAGUGAAGUGCCUUAUAGACCAAGCAACAGAUCCCAAUAUUCUUGGCAGAGUUUGGGCAGGAUGGGAAUCCUGGAUGUGAAAGAAAAGAAAGGGCUCCAAGAAUCAAUCCAAUGAGGCCAUGGCCUCAACACUACGACAAAGUUACUGUUGUGAAGUCUGGAACAGAUAUGGAAAACCCAAUAGUUUGUGCUUUGGUUUUUUCUGGUGGUUAAGGAUUGAGGUUCUGCAUUAUACCCUACCCAAAAAAUUAUCUCAUAUUCUCCCCUCCCUCCAAAAGAAAAAAACCCUUCUGUCACCUGUGAAGCAUGCUUAAGGAUAAAAGUUUGGAGGCUUGGCCUGUGUUACUCCAGAACAAGAUGAAAGCUCCUGGAAAUAAGCACAAACCUUGAGUGUUCUUCAAAUGAAUGUUGACAGCUGUCAUGAUUUUAUUAAUGCAGAAGACCUGUUAGAGGAAAAUUAGUGUAUGUAGUCAGCUGAAUGAUAUACCUGAAAGGAGAGAUUUGAAUGGAAUUUUGCAUCACCAAAAUCCUGUAUGUUGAAUCAGCAGCCAGAUAUAUCUGGUAAAUCAUACAGAAUAUAGCACUAGGGUAAUCUUCAGGAGGUACUAAACUACUGUUCAUCUCUCUAUAUUAUAAAAGUUGUAAUAAGUUGAUCUGACAAUGACUGAUUACAGCACAGCCUAUCUUUAAAGGUUUUGAUAAUGUUUUCUGAAUUUUAGAGGUUGUUGAUGCACAUUAAAUUAACUAAAUAAAAAGCAAUUUAUUAAAACCAUUCUUAAAACAGAAAGUUAAAAGCUGGAAGUCAGAAUUGCCAACACAGAAGUGGGCAACAGCAAACUUCCUGCCAUGAAUGAUCUAGCAGAGGCCAGCAUUCUUUUACUCUUAGCCUAUAGCAUGGAGCAUCUAUGAUAAGAACUUUUACAGGUAGUCUCUGAACCAAGCAAAUUUUGGCAAAAUGAUAGGGGAAGGGAAAUGAAAUGUGUGUAAA